AUCGUUUCUAUGGCUCUUUGACAAAUCCACACAUAGCAAGCGGAUACUUGCAAGUCCAGGUCCCAAUAAAACCACUACAUGGCCUCCUAGUCGAAACCAAUCCUCGCGAAAACGACCGGCCCGCCCAAAGACAAAUUUCGAAAGUCAACUUUCUUUUCAGGACACCUAACAACACGGGGCCCACGACCACCACAAUGGGCGCCAUACUGUCCCUCCCGUUUACAAUACUCAAUUUCGUCCUUCCCUUUACGCGCGCGGGCACACCGCUGUCGCAAGAUCUUUUGCACACAGCCGUACUCUGCGGAACACUAUAUUUUGCCCCGCAGAUAGGCGAAUGGUACAAUGCGCGGCAGCAAGGACACGGAUAUUCAGAGCAAGGGGAGCAGGAAAUCCAUGCGCCUCACCAAGGCGACGACCGGGAGCUCAGAAACAGGGAGCCACAGGGCGACGAGCCACCACUAGACGAGCGGCUAGUCCUCCAGGACGACGGAGAAGAAGAAGGCGGUGGUGGUGGUGGUGCAGGAGGCGCGAGACCACCCCGAGCACCCACUCCGCCGCCAAUGCGACACCAGGCCCAUGUCGAAGACGACGACCAUGACGCGAUUCCCGUGCGCCAUCAGCACGAAGAAGCAGAUCCGUUUGCGCCUGGUCCCGCCAACCCGCCUCCUGCGAACGCCCGCGCACCGCCCACACAGCGUACUGUCGGCACGAAAAAAGCCAAGUCGCUCGCGCGCAAAGACCAGCAACGCGCUUACAACGAGUGGCUACGCCAAGAAGCCGAGAUACGUCGGCGGCAGGAAGACGAAGGCCGCGAGGAGCGCGAGGCUGCGCUGGCCUUGGAGCGGGAACGCCGUGCAGCCGCCGAGGAAGCAAUCCGCGCAAAGGAGAGAGAAGAGAGGGAGGCUCUGAAGCGGGAGAGGGAAAAGGAGGCAGAAGAAGAGGCGGAGAGGAGAGAGCGGGUAGUCAGCUAUGUGAGGAGUAAGCUUGAGCAGGAUGGAUGCGUCGAUUUGGUGGACGCGGCGUGGAAGGAGGGCAAGGACAGUACGUGGGUGGAGAGACUUGUCCGCGCUUCUGGCUUGAUGGGCCAGUCGCAGAAGGAUGGCAGUCGGGUCAUGUUGACGGGCAAGGAUUGGCUGGUUAGGAUCGACCAACAAGUCGUGGCGAGGGCGUAUGCCGAAGCGGAGCACUUUGGACAAGCCAAUGGUGGAAGACUUGGCUUUGGCGACUUUGGAAAUAUCUUGGAGAAGGCGGUGCUUGGGAGCAUAGAGGCGUGAAGUCAAUCAUCACGCCUUUUGCAUCAAUGGCGUUUGGACAAAGGGACACA